CAGCCCAGUUCCCAGAGCUGCCGCCGCUGUUGGACAUAGAGAGGAACAUGAGUCUAGCGCUGUUGAACUCACACUUUACCUUCGGCCUGCCAGUGCCCCUCUUACCCUCCCAAGUGGAGGUGGGUGCCAUGCACUGUCGUCCAGGCAACCCCCUGCCUCAGGAGUUAGAAUCUUGGAUCUCGGAGGCUGGGUCUUCAGGCGUCAUAUACUUCAGCUUGGGAAGUAUUGCAAGCAGCGCCAGUAUGCCAGUCCAUCUCCGCGACCUCUUUCUCCAGGCCUUCCGUAGGCUGCCACAACGAGUUAUCUGGAAAUACGAGGGAGAGUUAAAGAACCUCACUGAUAAUGUGAUGAUUAGCAAAUGGCUCCCCCAACAAGAUAUUUUAGCUCACGACAACGUGAAGGCGUUCAUCUCACACGGUGGUCUCCUCAGCUUACAAGAGUCCAUCUACCAUGUUAUGCCUCUCCUCGCACUGCCUCUCUUCGGUGACCAUCCCAGGAACGCCAUGUUUAUUAGGAACAAUGAUCUGGGUCUCACUCUGGAGUGGACACAGCUCACUGAGGACAUGAUAGUCGACGCUCUCAUCGAUAUUAUCGCUAACCCCAAGUGCCUCAAGUUGAAAUCUCCCAGGAGCAAGAUGUUGGGGGCAGGAGCUGGCAAAUUUACCGGACAGUGGUAAAUUUUUGACAGCUGU